GUGGGUCUGUUUCCUCGGAAGCUGUCCGGUCUUGUGUUCAGCCCAAUGGACCAGAAUUCUGUGGUGGUGUCUUGUGAAGACUACCUAGAUACACCUUCACUUGCGGUACACAUUUAUGAUGUGUUGCAAAUUUCAUUUUAUCUGACAUGUCCAUAUCCACUUCAGUAUACUUGAUAUGUUAUUUUAUUAGGUGUGGGACAUGAGGAGAAUGACUAAUCCUGUAAGCGAAUUAUGUGAAAACUCAAAAGGAAUCAUUGCUAUGUCAUGGAGCCCACAUUGUGAUGAUGAGUUGCUUGUUAGCACUAAAAAUGACAAGUUAAUGCUUUUUAACAUGGAGAAAAAGGAGGCUAUCUGGAAGGAUGAAGGUGAUUCUGGCCGUUACUAUGAUGUCCAAUGGAGCCUGAGCAAUAGAGGAGUUUUCGCGGCUGCUUCACAUAACAACUUGGACUUGUUCAAGUUGCACGACAGGGCAUUGUCUCCGGUUUGA